AUGGCUGAACUGCGAUGGUGGCUCGCUGUUCGGAACAAGGGCUAUCCGUCGGAGCUCCGGCGAGGUUCGGAAGUCACCAGACCUGCAGCAAAAGAGAGGAGGCAGCAAAUGGUCCUGUUCGGGCGUGGAGCCGGCGUCGGUUGCUGCAGAGGGGCGUCGGGCACCGGACUGAGGCGGAGUAGCGCGGGCUACUGGGCGAAGUGGACGGCGGUGGUCGUCGGGAUCGCGAUUUGCAGCAGCGAGGAGUGUGGGGUCGUCGUGAGGGUGCUCGCGGCUGUGGAGUUCCGGCGGCAGAUGCUGGUGGAGUUGAGCGGCGGUGCGAGCGGAGGAUCUUGGACCGGCGGCGAUGUGGGGGCGCAGGAGCGGCGGCAGCAGUCUUGGCAGCGGGGAAGAAAUGGGCAGCAGGGACAGAAACUUACGAGGAAGAUGAACAGUUGUUCUUCAAAGCGAACGACCACCACUUCGAUCCAACUCACAAAGCCCUCGAAACUCAGCCUUGUGAAUGAUGCAAGCGCUGUGAUCACGAAGAAGCUAGUCGAGGAAUUGAGCACCAGGAAUGGUUACCCCUUCGCGGAGCCACUACAAAUGGACGUCAGCCGGAAAGAUCGGGUUUUGGAGCCGCGCCUAUCGCCUACUUCUUCGGUUGAAAUGACGAAGAAGCUCUAUGCAAUCUUGGAGGCUGUCGAAGAUAGAGUGGAGAUGCACAAUAACAUCGGGGAGCAGCGAGACAACUGGAAUAAGCUCCUGUUGAACUCAGUCAACAUGAUGACUUUCACUGCCACCACCACGGCUGCGAUGGCUGCAGCUGCGCCGGCUCCGUCGCUGAGAGUAUGCUCCGCUCUCUUGUUUACAGCGGCCACUGGCAUGUCCCUCGUGAUGAGCAAAAUCCAGCCCUCACAGCUGGCUGAAGAGCAACGCAAUGCCUCGAGGUUGUUCAAGCAGCUCUGCAGCGAGAUCAAGUCAAUGCUUGUGCUCCGAUCUCCAAAAGAAACAGACGUGAAGGAGACGAUGGAAAAGGUGCUGGCCCUUGAUAGGGCUUAUCCGCUGCCUCUGCUCGGAGGGAUGCUCGAGAAGUUCCCUGCGAAAUUUGAGCCCACUGCGUGGUGGCCUAGGGUUUCCAACAACAGCUGCCGAUCCCAAGGGCGGAAAACUUUUGUAAACAGUGAGCGAAAUGGAUGGAGCGAGGACCUAGAAGUGGAGAUGAGGGCGAUCGCCCAAGUGCUCAAGAGCAAAGACAAGCAAGACUACCUGAGGCUUGGGAAUCUGGUGCUUAAAUUGAAUAAGAUGUUAGCGAUUUCAGCUCCUUUUCUAACCAGCAUUGCUGCGGCUGGCUCGGCCCUUGGUGGCUCGACGGCCACAAUGGUGGCGGCCAUCGCAGGGGCAAUGGCUGCGAUCGUUAACAGCUUCGAGCACGGAGGCCAAGUCGGUAUGGUCGUGGAGAUGUACAGAAACUGUUCAGGGUUCUUCGAGCUUAUGGAAGAGAUGAUCGAAGCGACACUUGAAGAGCGAGACUACAGCAAGAGAGAGAACGGACAGAUGUUCGAGAUGAAGUUGGCGAUGAAGCUGGGGCGGAGCUUGUCGGAGCUCCGAGACUUGGCAAGAAAGUCAAUGGCUUCUUGUAUAGAAGGGACUGAAGUAGAUGAGUUUGGGAGCAAGCUUUUUUGA